UUUGUUUCUGUUCCCUUCAAACGACGAAGAAAAGAGAACAAUGGUCCGCGGCAAAGAGCUAUCGCCGCAACAGCGAUCGCAGAUCUGCGAGCUGCACAGUCACGGCUAUGGCUACAGGCGAAUAUUCAAGCUGCUGGCAGAAGUGCCGCUUUCAACCAUCAAAUACACUUGUCAGCAAGAGGCUAAGCGCAAGGAGAACCAGAGCAGGCCUCGGUCCGGGGCACCGCGGAAGUUGCAAGUGCCCAGCAGAGGGCCACGCCGGCGGAAGGACUCUUCGCCAAUUCCUGUUGACGACGUGAUGCCGCAGAGUUACUCCGAGUUGGAUGCUACGCUUCAGAACGUCACUUACCAUGACCUGCUGGCCAUGGUGGAUUGGUCGAUAUUUCCUACAGAGCAGCUCCAUCCGAUUGAUGGUAUAAGUCUGAUGGACGAUGCAGCAAUAGCUCGAAUUGAUGCCGCAGUAACUCGGAUGGAUAACUCGAUAGCUCAUAUCGGCAAUACAUCGCCUCGAAUGAACGACAUGGCAGCCCAGAUGCAUCAUCACAUGCACCCAAUGGGUGAUCCUACGACGCUUAUUGAUACUACAAUGCCCCAGAUCCAUGAUAUGACACCUCAUAUUCAUAUAACGCCUCAUACGAACAACAUGACUCCUCACAUCAACGACAUACCUCACAUCAACGACAUAAUACCCCAGAUCGAGAAUACACACAUUGACGAUACAAUAGCCCAAAUAAACAGCCUGGCGGCGGAUACAGACUUGAGUCUGGCAUUCCAGGAUCCCAUCUACCAAGAGCUCUCUAAUCACGACCUCCUCGCCCUGGUCGACUGGUCAAUUGUAUGGUGAAACAAGGGCGCAUCGUGAUAUAAAGCUUUUUUCUUACGAGAAGUAGAUGAAAGAAAACGCCGAGAGUUAUAUCAACGCACCGUUCACCACGUUGCCCCUGGCUGGUCUUGGGCCGAACGGAUGGAUGACCUCGUGGCUUGGACUGGGCUAUGGUCUGCCACGGCCUUGAGAGGGGCUUCGUGAUACCCGCUGGAGCAAGCAAAACUGCUCAAUGAGAUAUGAUAUGGGACCGAUUUUGGAGGGAAAAAAAAACGUACAAUCCAGACCUACUUCGGAUAUAGGACAUGCUCGGGCUUGAUCGCCGCUGGUGGCGGGUCAGGCUCCAAACCCAAGUUACAAGCCUCUUUUCGAUUUGGCUUUUCUGACCUAGAGCCUGCCUGGCAUAUGAUAUGGCGAUAUAUAUAUGAGAGAAAAAAAAAUUAUUCUUCAUGGAGUUAUGGCUGGGACUAAGAUCCGGCUGCUGGUCUCUGCUGACUUGGAUUCAGUAGACAACCUUGGAGCGCCGAUGAAAUAAGAAAACAGUAUAGAUUUAUAGAUACAUUGAGCUUUCAGAUGCUCUCGAUGCAAUGGAAGUUUUGUUCUUAUUUUGCCAUCACAGGGCGUAGUUUCUAUUCAGUGUUGUUUUUGACCGACUUUCGACAACGUAACGGAUCAUUGGGCAUAAAUCGGGUUUUCUAACAUAAAUGUCAUUAAGGACAAAACUCUCAGCAUUCCAUCAACUAUAAUAGCGGUUAUAUAUAUAAGAUAAAAGACGGCACAUAUAUAUUUUGUAAGUACUACUUUUUUUUUGCAUUGCAUAGUACUACACAAGCUACGCACGUGGACAUUCCAUCAGAAGUAGAGAAUUGCGAGCAUAACAAGAAGAAUUGUAGUAAAUAACCUUUGUUAAUCAUGAUGUAUAGCAUCUAUGAGCGCCUUCCUCUUUAUACAACAAUGUCAAUUUGGAGAAUUGAUGCAGGCUGUUUUACAUAAGGUGGCGGCUG